UCUGGAUGAAAUGGUGAAGAUAACGUAAACAUUUCAUAUCCACAGUACCCUCUUGAGCGACUUUACUACACUUAGCAACCACGAUGGCAGCGAGACUCAGAUUGCAACCAGGAACGGGCCAUGACAGUGACAACGAAGAUACUUACGAAGAUGCAGUUGAAAGGAUUACACUAAGUCAAAAUGAGCUGGACCUGAACACCACCAUACAGGAGGCAAGUGUGGCCCUUAAGCUGUUCUUCACCAACCAUUUUGCUGAAGCUAGGGAUCGCAUGAAGCCUUUUGCAGACUGCAGCAUGUACCACAGUCUGGGCUAUGGGACUAUCCUUUAUAUACAAGCUGUGAUGACUUUUGAUAUGGGAGACAUCGAACAAGCUAUUGCUGCCAUGAAGAGGUCUGUGAUUGUGAGCAGCAAAAUGCGCAGACGGAGUACUCUGCUUGGUUCCAUUGCCAAGGUCACAUCUGGGGUCAACUAUAAUGAGUUCACAGAAGAGGAGGUUCAUGCAGAAAUUUGCUACACUGAGUCUCUUCUGAUCCGUGCUUUGCUGACCUUUAUACAAGAUGAAAAUCUCAUCAGCUUUGUCAAGGGAGGCUUCAAAAUCCGUGAAUGCUACAAGAUUUACAAAGAAUGCAACAAAAUAUUAGAGAACCGAAACUGGGAAAAAGAUGUACAUAAAGUUCACUUUGAAAGUGGCGUCAGGAUGGGUGUUGGAGCCUUCAAUCUGAUGAUCUCACUACUGCCAUCAAAAAUUAUGAAACUUCUGGAGUUUGCUGGUUUUUCAGGAAGCAAGAAACUUGGUCUAUCAGAACUCCUUAAAGGGAGCGAACUGCAUACCAGUCUUCGAGGACCUUUGUGCGCAAUUGUUCUGAUUGCAUAUCACACUGUGGUCACAUAUGUGUUAGGACUGGGAGAUGGUGAUGUAGAUUUGGCGUCUUCAUUGCUUUCACCAUGUCUCCAGACUUUCCCUAAGGGGGCUCUGUUUCUUUUCUUUGCUGGACGAAUAGAAGAAAUAAGAGCCAAUAUUGAUGAGGCCAUUCUCCGAUUUGAAGAGUCCAUAGAGUCACAGUCUGAAUGGAGACAAUUUCAUCAUUUGUGCUACUGGGAGCUGAUGUGGUGUCACUGUUUCAGAUCUGAUUGGCUGAUGGCUAUGAAGUAUGCAGAGCGACUAUGCAAAGAGAGCAGAUGGAGUAAGGCAACAUACACAUACCAGAAAGCCAGCUUUUUACUCAUGUGUGAUGAUCAAACAGAGAAGACAAAAACCCAUCUGAAGUACCUGUUUAGUGAAGUUCCCAAACUGAAGCAGCGCAUAGCCGGCAAGUCCAUUCCAUUUGAAAAAUUUGCUGUUGCUAAAGCCAAGCGCUACUUAGAGCAGAAUGAAUACCUCACACUUCCAGCUGUGGAACUGAUCUAUGUGUGGAAUGGAUUUAAUGUUAUUGGCAAAAAACAGUUCUUGCUGGAGCCAAUCUUGAUGAUUGUUGAGAAGACGGUACAUACAAUCUUGGAAGACAAAGCCUCACAUAAGUUCUACUUUGAUGACUACUCCCUGGCAUUGCUCCUGAAAGGUGUGUGUCUGCGCCACCGUGGACAGUUCCUGCAAGCUGAACAAUGUUUCUUGGAGGUGCUGGGAAAUGAAAAAGACAUUGUGUACGACAAGUACCUCAUCCCAUAUGCUACAGUUGAGCUGGCCAUUGUCUACCUGCAGCAGGAUCGACUGUCCGAUGUCAAGUCAUGCAUCCACAGAGCAAAGAAAAACUACAAGGGAUACUACCUGGAAUCCAGACUGCACUUCAGAAUACAUGCCCUACGUCUACAGUUAAACGCAGCAGCAAACAAUGACGAAAGUGUGUCUUCGGACCCACCCACACCCACCAAUUCGGGCUCACUGGAUGUGUUAUCCACCAGCAAGGACCAUAGGAUCUCCUUAGCUCAGUCGUCAAAUGGAUCUUUAUCCCAGCAGGGAGGAGAAGGAAACAUUGUGCCGAGCGGCAGUGACAGAUGCUCAGGAAGGGAAUUAGCCCCAGCUGAAAACAAACUUAGCAUGACUUAACUCAGCAAUCAAGAUGUCUUCAAACAAAUGAUAGUUUAUUUUAGCAAUACAGUGUGCAGAUAUUUGCACACACACAAAUGAUAUUUGUUUUGGUUGUUUUAUCUUUGUGUAUAUUUAUAUUAUCUUUCAUGGUUUCUGGAAGAUGGAAGGCAGGAUUGGUGCAGAGACUUCAUGAGGCAUUGUAAGCCGUUAGAAGUGAAAGAGAACUUCACAAUUUGUAUCACUCAACAAUUUGAAUCUCUGAAUCUUUAUCCAUCUUGUUUUUUUCAUACAGUUGCUCUCAUUUCAAUUUUAUAUGUAUAAAUAUUGAUAGUUAAUAGGUUUGAGUUCUUUUGAAAAAAAGUAUUAAAAACUUGUUUACUUAAUAACACUUUGGCACAUAUAUUUGGCAUUGCACUCUAUAUUCACACACCCAUAUUCUUACAUAAACAAGUUUCCUUUUACAUGUGGUUUUUCUGUCUUCAUAUGUGACAAGAAAAAGGACUUCUUUUUUUUUUUU